UGCCGUUUUCGUUUUCGAAUAGCUGUCAAAAUAAAAUAAUAAUAAUAAUAAAAAAAAGGAGCACAGAAUGGUCAAAACUUGUGUUAAUUGCUUUUAACCUCUAGUAUAUUUUUGUCAUGGCUGAAGAAAUUGACUCUGAUGUAAUAAAAAGAACUCAAGAAAUUCUUGGUAGUGUUAUUAAACGACCAGCUCUGACGGAGAAAUCUUUAAAAAAGCCACCGUUUAGAUUUUUGCACGAUAUCAUUACUAAUAUAAUAAAAUCCUCUGGAUUCCUCAAAGGGCUGUAUACACCUGCGGAAUUACAAGCGGAAAAUGUUAAGGAUAAAGAAAGCAAGAUUUUGUUUCUUCAAAAAACUAUUGAUGUCCUAGCAUUAGUGACAAAUCAACCUGUGAACUUGAAACCAUCAAAAGUGGUGGCUGGCCAUGAUCCUGCAAAAACAAAUCUGUUUCUACAAAUCCUUGGAACUGCAGUUAAGAAUAAGUUGGAUAGUAAAGAAGCAGUAGAAAAAGUUCUUAGUGGAAAAGCCCAAACUUCUCCUACAAAGCCUUUAAAGGAGCGACGUGCAUCUGUGGAUAGACGAUCCAAAGGUUCCAAUGAGAAAUCCCAUUCACGCUCACUCACAAAAACUCUUGAGCCUGUGAAAGAUAAGGAUAUCUCAAAGAGUAAAAGUGGAGAAAAUACCAAGGAAAAAUCUAAGAAAGACAGAGAAAAGUCACGUGAUAGAACAAAACACAAAAGUGAAGAAAACAAAAAGUCAUCUAAAGAGAAAGCAUCGAAAUCCAAAGAUUCUGUUUUUGAAAAUGAAGUUGAAAAUAAACCUAAAGAGGAUGAUAAUGAUACAAAUAAUCUUGAAAAUCAUGCCCCAAUGUCUAUGGAUGAUGCUGGACCAUCUACCAGUAUGAGCAAUGGUGAUGUGCAUGAUAAGGAAGAAAUACAUGAAAAUGAAGCUGGUGACUCAUCUCUUAUGAAUGAAAAACUUGUCCGAGAGAAGAGUCAUCGACCACAUUCAAGCCGCAGUGCACGACCACCUUCUGCACGAAGCAAAAGAACAAAACCUGUGGAAGAAAAUUUACCUGUAAAAGCUGUUCCUACUGAGCCACCAGUUACUAUUCAGACUAUUCCUUCUCCUGUCAAAGUUGAACAAAGCUUUGAAAAUGUGCUGCUACCGAGGCCUCCUUCUGCUAGGCCACCCUCUGCAAGGCCUUCAAGUUCGAGGCCAGCACCACCCAGAAUUCGCAUUCGACAUGUUGUUGAAAAUCAAGAGCCUGAAUUGAGGCCCACCACAGCCAAACCAGUCGAAAAUGUGAUUUUAGAUCAAGGUGCAGCUUCUGAUGAGGAAGAAGAAACUUUUCUUGUGAUUGAAUCUGAAGCCACAGAACAGCUUGAUGUUCAGAGUUCAAAUUUACCAGCAGAAACUCCUGAUGAAGACAAAGGAAGCUUGGUGAAAAAAUUACUGGAAACAAAGAAAGAUUUGGAAGGUGGAAGUCAACAUACUCCUACUAAGAAAGUGGAAAUUGAUCGAUCCCAAAUGUCCCAGGCAUCACAUGAGCGACAUUCAGCUUCAAAAGAGUUAGCCCAACUUCGCAACUUCGUGCAGUCAUUAAGUAAAACUGCAGUACCCCUGGGGCGUAUGCUGGAUUUCCUCCAGGAAGACCUGGAUUCUAUGAAGAUGGAACUCAGAAUGUGGAAAGAGGAACAUGAACAGAAUCUUGUGGCUCUCCAUAAGGAACAAAAUGCAACAGAAUCUUUACUGGAACCACUCCGUGCUCAACUGGAUGAUCUUGACCAGGUCGUGCAAAAUCAGCUGGAUGCUAACAGUGCCUUGAAGGCAUCUAUUGCUCGCAAUGAUGAAAGAAUACAGCGUAUGCUAGCUUCUGUGAAUCAUAAAUCCUGACCGCCUGAAAAGAUGUAUCACGAGUCUUGAACUCUGAGUUUUAGAGUUAUAGAAAGGAAUGUACCAAAAUAUGGUACUCUUAACUAAGAUUUUCAUAUUCAGAGCCAUUUGGAAGUGAAAACUAUGUGAUUCAAAUUGCAUUAAACUUGUUGAAUAUCCUAAAUUGAGGGAAGUUUAAUUUCUGUUAAGGAUUAAAAUUAAACUUCUAAGAACCUAUAUUAUUUUACUGUUUAAACGAGUUGUUAUUAAGUCCAUAAAACAUAGCACCUGUUUAUAAAGAAAGAGGGAGAAAUUAUUUGUUUUGUAAAAAUAAAAAGUAAAUCUAAAUAAUUCAUAAAUUAUAUAAAAUAAAAGUGAUUUUUUUCUUCCAAAUAUUUGUGUAGCAUUUUGUUAAAAAUUUAAUGAAAAAAUGUUAAUUCUGACUACAAUAUAACAUGCAUUGGAUAAAAUCAUUAAGUGAGUUGAAAAUUAAGGUAAAUUAAGGUAAGAAGAAGUUUGAAAACAUCCGCAAAAUUCAUUUGAUAUUCAGGUAUCUACUAUAAAUUUUGAUUGAAAUCUGAAUACAAGUGAAACUAUGAGUUUGUUUUUACAAUCUUUUUGCUUAGUCAUUAAAAACAUUAUUAAUUCUGAAAGCCUCAGUUUCUUUUGAACAUUUCAUUUUAAUCUCUUUUUGGAAGUUAUAUUUUCUGUAAUAAAAAUUUUUCUGAAAAUAUUUUAUGAAAGAUAAUAUGUAAUAGGGAAUAAGAACAAAAGAAAAUAUUUUAGAUAGGUAUUUCAUACAUUUCAAAAUUCAGAAUAAUAAUUCAUCUUGUGUAAAAGUUAUUUCCAUCCAGUUGUCACGUUACCUUUGUAUUUAGGGUCCAUUAUUUUUUAAAAGCGUUAAAAAAAAUCAAAAUUUGAAACAUUUAGGCCUGAUAGUGCAAUGAGCACUUUAUUUACGAGAAAUGAAAUUAAAUACUUUAUACUGUAAAUCUAUCACAAUAAAAAAAUUAACUUUUAAUAAUCGGAACCUAAUCUAAUUGAAUAAUAAGAAUCUGUGUUUAAAUUAUAGUAAUAUGCAACUGCAAUUUAUCUCUUUUUGGAAUCUCUGCUUAAGAAACAGUUAAGAAUUUCUUAACACCUGAUGCAAAUUCCUUCUUUUAAAAAUGAGUUAAAUAUAAUGUGAAAUGCUGGAUUUCUGAAAUCAAUUGAUAUGAUUGAAUGCAGUUUUUUGUAAUUGAGUAUUGUCAGUACUCAAAACUUUUUUUUUUUUUGUUAACAUCAUUUGAUCCACUUCACAGUGCUCUGAAUAUAGAAAAGUUUUUUUUAAAAAAAACUUUAUUUUAAUUUGAUUCUGAUGGUUAAUGUGUACUUUAUUAGUUUGUCCUCAGAGGAUAACAGUAGGAAAUUGACAUGAUUUGUUUGUGAUAUUGUCACUCUUUCAUGAAACAGAGUGUUAUCUUACUGGAAAAUCAAGCUACAUUCACCAGUUGUGUAUUGUCAGUACUUAGAACACUUUUUUGUGUAAAAUACAAUGUGUGAUCGUAUUCACCCACACAUCAAGAAAUGUGAUCUCAGUGUUUUACUGAACCGUCCAAUAUAUGUAUUUGAAAACAAAUAUAUCUAGUCCUUGCUCACUAUUUUAUGCAUAGAGAUAUAUAAUUAUAAAUUAUUGAUGAACUUGCUGGAAAGUAAGAUCAUGAAAUUUUCCAGUGUUCUUUCCUUCACCUUACUCUUUAUUUGUUGGAAUUAAUCUUUUAGGUUCCUUUCAUUUUUAUGUUAUUUGUGGUUCAAAAUUUAAUAGAGUAAAUUUUUAAAUCUAAUGGAUGCAUGUACUUUAAGAUGCUUAGGUUAUGCAUAUCGAAUUUUUUCUUUGGUGUAAAUGAAAAUGAAAUCUGUAGCAAAAGAAGUAAUUUGAAUUUAUGCAUAUUACAUAUCUUAUUUUAAAUAAGUUGUUUAAUUUAGGAUAUUUCACAGGAGUGAUACUUUCCUGGAAAAUGAAAAUUAACAUAAUUGAUAUUUAGGAUGAUAAAAUAGGAGAAAUAAUUAUUUGGGAGUCAAUUUUACAUAUGAAAUAAUAACUAUUUAUUUGGAAAAAGUGAAUAUUUUGUGUGCGAAUUCAUGAUGUCUUUGUAUGAGUGAAUAAUUUUAUAUUCUAAAAUGUAUCGUACUAUUUGCUAAAAAAAUUUGUAAAAAACACUUCUAUUAAUGUAAUAUUAAGAAUACAGAGAAAGCUGUUAUUGCUUCUAAAGUUAAUGCUUUAAAAAAAAUAUUUAAAAAAUAUUUUUUGUAACAUGGCUUUGAUAAAAAUUAUUGCAGCAUAUCCAUUUGAUUUGUUAUCUCUUUUUAAAAAAUUUUUAAUGUUGCACUUUUUUUAUGGUUUUAGUGUGAAAAUUAAUUUAUCCUAGAAAGGUGUGAAAUUCUUUAAUUAUUCAAGUUUGAAAAAUCUGAUGUUAACAUUGAAUAACACAUAUCAAAAAUGGUACAGCUAGUUUUAAACAAAAAUGGUUAGUAUUUUAUAAAUGGCCCGCAUUUAUUUUCAUUAAUAUAUAUUUUAUAGUUUUUCUUUUAUGUUUUCUUCAUGAUUAGUUUAUUUGAUAAAAAUAUUUUCUCUGAACUCAUGAUGAAUGCCUGCUUAAAUGUAAACAAGUGCUCUUAAACAACUUGAAAAUAUCUUGUGAUUAUAUCGUUGGUGAAUUUUUGAGAGCCAUAUUUUGUUUCAAUAUUCCUGUUAUUGAAUAUUAUUGAUUCAUAUCUGAUCUAGUCAUUUCGGGAUUUUUGAUUGUUGCACAUUAAUUUAUCACACACACAUUUUUUUUUCUUCCUUGCAGUAUUGAAUGAGAGAAGUUAUUAAUGAAUGAGAAUUUGAUGAAGAUGGAUAUUGAUAAUUACUUACGAGCUGUUUCUUAUUAAUAGAAUCUCUGCAUCGAAUUAAUAUUAUUUCAUUUAAUAAGUUUUAUGAGGAAAAUGUCGUUUUCUUCAUCCUGAGCUUGUAUAAUAUUUAUUUUGCUUAAAAAACAUAUUGCUAUCAUGUUUACUUAAAUUAUGUCUUAAUUGCUUUAAACAUAAAAUAUUAGUUCUAUGCUUUAAUUAUGUUAAUUAUUCAUGUACAUAUAUUUUGAGGCUCAAGAUGUGAAUUUUCAACAAAAGUACUAGUAAAUUUUUAUUUAUUUUACUUAUCUCUGUCAUUACUUUUACCAAGUAUUACACAAUCAUUACUUUAAUGUACCGCCUGUGAUAAUUUAUUUCAUGGCUUCUGUUUAUGUGCACAUCAGUAAAUAUGUUU